AAUUGAAAACAUACAUACUUAAAUAGUGUCAAACUAAAUUUGUUGCUUUCAAAAAUUUAAAGCAAUUUAUAUAUGAAUAAAUUUUUAUAAAAGUGAUAAAGUUUCAAUUUGCUCUUUAUUCUUUUGAACAAUUGCCUUCUUUUGGUGGAUGCAUUUACAUAUCUACAGCAGAUUAAAAACUUAUAUAAAUUUUUAUGUUUGUAGAUUAAUUAAAGUAAUAGAGUUUAUGGUUUAAAAACAAAAAUAAACAAAAUGGGUUUAAGUGAUUCAACGAUUAAAAAAAUUUUGUUAUUCUUAAAUUUUAUAUUUGUGGUCUUUGGACUGAUAUUGAUAUUUAUUGGAAUUGUCCAUUUUUUAACUGCAGAACAUCUCCAACUUCAUCAUAAAGACAAUUUUAUGGAAUCUAUAUUUGUUACCAUAUUUGUUUCCAUGAUAAUAAAGGUUAUUGGAUUAAUCAUUAUUGCAGUUGGUGUCAUCGUAACACUCUUUGCAAUGUUCGGUUGUUGGGCAGCCAUACGAGAGUCCAAAACAAAAUUAAUAAUUUAUUUUUCAGCAUUGACUAUUUUAGUAUUGGUACAAUUAUUAUUAAUUACUAUUGGAGUAACUAGUCAACAAAAUGAUACAUCCGAUACUGUUAACUCUGGAUUUGAUCGACUGUGGUUGAAGGAAAACUAUCAAACAAGCGCAUUAGCAGAAUUUGAAAAUUUGUUACAAUGUUGUGGUGUCAAUAGUACCGACGAUUAUCGACGAAUAGAUCAUGAAAUACCAGAAUCUUGUUGCAAAGAUCAAAAUUGUACCAUCCCUGAAAAUGUGUACAAAGAAGGUUGUGAAUCAAAAUAUAAGGAAUAUAUGCACAACAGAGUAUCGUUAGUCAAUAUUGUUAUCAUUUUGUUAAUAUUUGCAGAAAUUAUAUCUUAUAUAUUUAGUUGGCUUUUAUAUAGCAGUCUAAAUAACAAAACCCGACGUUUAAAGCACAGAUUUUUGGAGCGUGAAAAACGAUUACGGCACAGAGUUACCUUGGACCCAAUGCAAAGUAUCGAGGAAAUAUUGAGCAAAGAUGACUAUCGGACUUUGUAAAAAAUGCUAGACUUACAAAAAGAUUUCGUGGCGAUCAAAACUGAUAACAUGCGGCUUUUUAGUUAGAAAUUGAUGCAUUUUGGUUUAAAUUGUAAUUAAUUUCUUAAAUAUUAUGUAAAACAGAAAUAAAAAAUAUUGGAUUUGC